GGCCUCGCAGCAGUCACGUGAGGAUCACACGCACAGUAAAGCGGAAAUGCAGCACAGCUACAACAGCUGAUUAAAACAGAAGAAGAAUGACCACAGCGGCUCUCACGGCGGGUCUGGAGCGGAUACCGGAUCAGCUCGGGUACCUGGUGAUCAGUGAGGACGGAGUUCUGGCUUCUGCAGGUGAGCUGGAGAACGAUGAACACACGGCAGGUGUGAUGAUGCAGAUGGUGAGAACGGCGAGUCGAUUCAGGUUACCUGGAUCAGCUGAUCCUCCCUUCAAGCGCAUGUCAGUGAUUCUGGAGGACUUCGUCUACACUGUGACGGUUUCAGGUCAGAAAGUCUUCGUGGUCAAACGUCAGAACAACCAGCAGGAGCCAAUCAGUGUUUAGACGAGACGGACGGACGAGACAGAAACUGAGGGGAUGAUGACGGGCUGAUCUUAGGGGUCAGAGGUCACUUGUUUGAGCAGGACGUGUGAUGUGUUUUUAACUCUGUUCAACUGUUAGAUUUAUAUAAAGUUGUGUGUUUGAAUUUAUGUUUAACCUGAAAAUAAAGAUUUAAAAAUGAU